AUGCGCCUCAGCGCUGCAUCCCUUCUCCUUCCGCUCCUCUAUACGGAACGAGCGGUCGCAGACGACUAUUCCCCCUACUCCGAUCCCUUGUUCGGACUUUCGGACGCUGCCCUCCUCGUCAAGCGCCAAAGCUGCAACUCGGGCUUGAACUCAUGUUCGGGUCUAGGAGCCGAUUCUGUCUGCUGUCCAUCAGGAACAAAUUGUGCCUUGGAUGAGGCCGGGCAUAUCGCAUGUUGUCCUUCCAAUGCAGUGUGCACAGGGACAAUAGCUGGCACACUCACUGGGUCAGGUUCAGGCACAGGGUCAGCAACUGGAACCUCAAGUACCAGUGGAGGUCCCGUGCUUGGAGGAACGACCAGUUCAACCACGGCGAGCUCUCCCCAGAUUACUUCAUUGACAACCGGCGUUUCUGGUGGCGGUUCCACGGUCCCAAAUAAUUUCUAUCCUUUCAUCUAUAUCCCCACAACCUAUGCCAACGCCGACCUCUGUACCAGCGCAUACUCGAGUUGUCAGUCGGCAUCGACAUCUUGCUUGGUAUCGCUCGCGGGAGCCAAUGGCGUCACGGUGUCCGGGUUUGGAGGGGGCAUCACCGUGCAAGGGACGUCAGGCACGGUACUGAGCUCAGCAAGCAGCAUAUGCAGCUCUCUCAGCGCCGUCGGAUGCUAUAAUUUGCAAGAGACUCAGUGCAGCAUCUUUGGGAGCGGCUCCGGGGGUACUGCCACGACCACGACGGGAUUUGUCCAAGUUGGAAACGAUGGACCGCGCCAGACUGCUUGCCCCGGAAUGCUCUACGCAGCAGGUGCCGGGGCAGUGUUUGGCGCUGUUGGUGGACUGAUAUAA